CCGGCGUCGAGCAAGUCGACGGAGUUCCCUGCGCGGCCGGGGUACGGGACGGCCGGCAAGAGGUGCCGGGUGCGCGCCAACCAUCUCCUCGUGCAGGUCGCCGACAAAGAGAUCUACCACUACGAUGUAUCAAUCAGUCCUGAAUCGAUGGCUCGUGAGAGGAACAGAUCUAUAAUCAAUGAACUUGUUAGAUUGCAUAAACAACAUUUGGAUGGGAGAUUGCCUGUUUAUGAUGGAAGAAAGGGAAUGUUUACUGCAGCUCCACUGCCAUUUAAAACCAAAGAAUUUAUUGUCAAAGUAUCAAAUACCGAGAGAGGAUACCAGGGGGAAAAGGAGUAUAAGGUCACCAUAAAGGAAGUUGCAAAACUAAAUCUAUACAAUCUUCAGCAAUUCUUGGCUGGUAGGCAGAGAGAACUGCCGCAGGACACUAUCCAGGCUCUUGAUAUCGCUCUGAGGGAAACCCCCACUGCAAAGUAUACACCCAUCUCAAGAUCAUUUUUCUCAAAAUCAUUUGGACAUGGUGGUGACAUUGGCAGCGGGGUGGAAUGCUGGCGAGGGUAUUAUCAGAGCCUGCGCCCUACACAGAUGGGAUUGUCACUGAAUAUUGAUAUUUCUGCAACAGCAUUUUACAAAGCUCAACCAGUAAUGGAUUUUGCACUGGAAUAUCUUAACAUCUGGGGUGAUGCUCCAAGGCGUUUGUUUGACCAGGAUCGCCUGAAACUAAAGAAAGCCCUCAAGGGAGUCCGAGUUGUGGCAACUUAUCGACCUGAUAUAUCCAUUCGUUACAAAAUUACUGGGAUAACCUCAGCUCCGCUAAAUGAAUUGACAUUUGACCUAGAUGGGACAAGGGUAUCAGUUGUCCAGUACUUUAUACGCCAAUAUGAUUACUCUUUGAAAUAUAUACAGUGGCCAUGCCUUCAAGCUGGCAGUGAUAGCAGGCCAACAUAUUUGCCUAUGGAGGUUUGCAACAUACUUGGAGGACAACGCUAUUCGAGAAAGCUAAAUGAGCGUCAAGUCACAAACAUAUUGAGGUUGGCAUGUGAGCGGCCAGAUAAAAGGGAGGGUAGUAUCGUGGAGGUUAUUAAUAGAAACAACUAUGGCAUUGAUGAUAAUGCAAAAGAAUUUGGAAUUAAGGUGAUGAACCAACUAGCAUUGGUCGAUGCUCGUGUGCUGCCUCCUCCAAGGCUUAAAUACCAUCAGUCUGGACGAGAACAAAUAUGCAAUCCGUCGGUAGGACAGUGGAACAUGAAUAACAAGAGAAUGAUAAAUGGAGGGUCCAUCAGGCACUGGGCCUGUGUUUCAUUUGGCUCUCGGUUGCAAUGGAAUGAUGUUAGCGUGUUCUGCAACUAUUUGGUUGGCACGUGCAAUAACAUGGGCAUGCAAGUAAGUGAGACACCGUGUGUGGACAUUGUUCAGGCACGCCAGGGUAACUUAGAAGCUGUAAAAAAUAUAUAUAGACAAUCUGCCCAAGUACUUGCUCAGCAAGGUUUGGAAGGACAAAACCUUGAGUUACUAUUUGUAGUAUUACCUGAUGGACCUAAUGCAAGUGAUUGUUAUGGAAGAGUAAAGCGGCUUUGUGAAAUUGAGCUUGGUUUAAUAACUCAGUGCUGUUUACCUAAGCAUGUUCAGAGAGCUGGCACACAGUAUCUACAAAAUAUGGCCCUUAAGAUCAAUGUUAAGGUUGGUGGUCGGAACACCGUACUGGAAAAUGCAUUGCUUCGGAGGAUACCUCUGUUGACAGAUAAGCCUACAAUUAUAUUUGGAGCAGAUGUGACCCACCCAUCUCCUGGGGAGGAUAUGUCUCCAUCUAUUGCAGCGGUUGUUGCGUCGAUGGAUUGGCCUGAAGUGUCUAAGUACACAUGCUUGGUGUCUUCACAAGGUCAUAGGGAAGAAAUCAUAGCUGACCUUUUCACAGAAGUGAAAGAUCCACAGAAGGGGGUUAUAUAUGGUGGAAUGAUAAGAGAGUUGCUUUUGUCCUUCUAUAAAGCAAACAAGUCUUGCAAACCUGGAAGGAUAAUAUUUUAUCGAGAUGGUGUUAGUGAAGGCCAAUUUAGCCAGGUCUUGCUUUAUGAAAUGGAUGCAAUAUACAGGGCUUGUUCUAGCUUAGAGAACGGUUACCUUCCUCAAGUUACAUUUGUUGUGGUGCAAAAGCGGCAUCACACACGGCUUUUCCCGGAAGAUCAUCGUUCAGGGGCCAUGGCAGAUCGAAGCGGAAACAUCCUGCCUGGAACCGUUGUUGAUACAAAGAUAUGCCAUCCCAGUGAAUUUGAUUUUUACCUCUGUAGUCACGCCGGCAUUCAGGGAACGAGCCGUCCAACUCAUUACCAUGUCCUCUAUGAUGACAAUAAUUUCACCGCUGAUGCCUUGCAAACGCUGACUUACAAUCUGUGCUACACUUACGCACGGUGCACACGGUCCGUCUCGAUCGUUCCUCCAGCAUACUACGCGCACUUGGCGGCUUUCCGGGCGCGGCACUACCUGGAUGACAAUCACUCUGAUCAUGGAUCAUCUUCUGUGGGCGGCACCCGAAUGAAUGAUCACUCUGUCCCGGUAAAGCCACUGCCCAAAGUUAAGGAGAGUGUCAGGCAGUUCAUGUUCUACUGCUGAAGACUGAUUUCGCAUUUUCUGGACAAUAGUGGACGGUUUUGCACCUGUGGAACUUGCAAAUGUUAUAGGCCAAAACGCGUACUAUGAUGUCUUGUUUGGAAAUUUCUGUGAUGUGAUAUAAUGUUGAAAAUUAAAUGCUUUUUCUAACAAUCAUGGUCCCCACCUGA